AGGGCGCUGGGUCCAGCAAAGCGAGGAGUUAAAUGUAAGGUCAUGGCAAAACAUCUGAAGUUCAUCGCCAGGACUGUGAUGGUGCAGGAUGGAAAUGUGGAAGGCGCAUACAGGACCCUAAACAGGAUCCUCACUAUGGACGGGCUCACUGAGGACAUUAAGCGACGGCGAUACUAUGAGAAGCCUUGCCGCCGGCGACAGCGGGAAAGUUAUGGAACCUGCAGGCGCAUCUAUUACAUGGAAAUGACUCGAAAGAUCCACUUCUUGAUGCGAAAGAAUCGAGCGGAUCCAUGGCAGGGCUGCUGAGGCUUGUGGCCAGAAGGCCCAGGAUGAACCCUUCAUGCAAUUUGUGCCUCCACGUCUCACCUUUCUCAAACCCCAUUUUCUCUUACCUUUAUCUACAAUAAACUCAAUCACCCCCACACAAGA